AUGACGUCCCCGAGAGAUAUCGCACCGCACCCGCUGGCAAAGGCCGUUUCGUACAGCAGUUUGAGCGUGUCCCCCACGGCCACUUUCCAGUCCCCUCCUUCUUCAAGUCAGGGCGGCGGCUUCAUGGCCGGGGUCCUUGCCCAAAGCGCUGCGGCCGCAAAACAGCUCAAGCCCUUUAACACGGAGGACGUCAAGAUCUUGCUGCUGGAGAACGUGAACCAGACGGGCAGAGAUAUACUAAAGGGUCAAGGCUACCAGGUGGAAUUUCUGAAGACUUCGUUGCCAGAAGACCAGCUCAUCGAGAAGAUUAGGGAUGUUCAUGUCAUUGGCAUCCGGUCAAAGACAAAGCUCACAGCCAAGGUUCUGCAAGAGGCCAAGAACCUGCUCGUCAUCGGCUGUUUCUGCAUCGGCACCAACCAAGUAGACCUGGAGUAUGCCGCCCAGCAUGGCAUUGCCGUCUUCAACUCGCCGUUUGCCAAUUCGCGCAGCGUGGCCGAGCUGGUGAUUGCCGAGAUUAUCACCCUUGCCCGCCAGCUGGGCGACCGCUCGCUCGAGAUGCAUCGCGGCACCUGGAACAAAGUCAGUUCCAAGUGCUGGGAGAUCCGUGGGAAGACGCUCGGCAUCGUUGGCUACGGCCACAUUGGCUCGCAGCUGUCGGUUCUGGCCGAGGCCAUGGGUAUGUCUGUCAUCUACUAUGAUGUUGCCACCCUGAUGGCCAUCGGAACAGCGAGACAGGUGCCGACGCUCGAGGCUCUGCUGGAAGAGGCCGACUUUGUCACGCUACACGUCCCCGAGACGCCCGAGACCAAGAACAUGAUCUCAGCGGCCCAGUUUGAGCACAUGAAGACAGGCUCGUACCUCAUCAACGCCAGCCGCGGCACCGUGGUCGACAUCCCCGCGCUGAUUAAGGCGAUGCGCUCCGGCAAGGUUGCCGGCGCCGCCCUGGACGUGUACCCCAACGAACCGGCCGCCAACGGCGACUACUUCAACAAUGGGUUGAACACAUGGGCCGAGGACCUGCGGGGGCUCAACAACAUUAUCCUGACUCCGCAUAUUGGCGGCAGCACCGAGGAGGCGCAGCGGGCCAUUGGUGUCGAGGUGGCCGAAGCGCUCGUGCGGUACAUCAACCAGGGCAUCACACUGGGCAGCGUCAACCUGCCCGAGGUGACAAUGCGCUCGCUCACGCUCGACGAGCGCGAUCACGCGCGCGUCAUCUACAUCCACCGCAACGUGCCCGGCGUGCUGCGCAAGGUCAACGAGAUCCUCGCCGAGCACAACGUGUCCAAGCAAAUCUCGGACAGCAAGGGUGAUAUCGCGUAUCUGAUGGCUGAUAUUAGUGAUGUCAAGACCGAGGAUAUCAAGGAUAUCUGGGCCAGCUUGGAUUCGCUCAAAUCGCGCAUUCUUACCCGGGUCCUUUACUAG